AUGGCAGACGUUCGCAGCUUUACGGUCAGACCUCUAUCCAAACAAUCGCGGACCGACCUGAAAGAUGCCUUCCGGGUGUAUCUUUCUUCUUCCUCUUUGGCAGCUUUGCGACUGAGAGCAGACGAUCUCUGUACUUUGACAGCUGCCGAAGGAUCACCAAAGACUGCAAUUGCAUGGACGGCAGUGGAAAACAUACAGAGCACAGUCGUACAAACCUCUAGGGCUUUGCAGGAUUGCUAUGGAAUCAAAAUUGGAGAGAAGGUGGGUAUUACCAAGAUCGCCGGUGGCCUGGAAGACAUCGACUCGAUCACGCUCGUCGACUCCUCGGAUUCUGAAAAGAUCGCCAGGUACGGGCCCAUAGCUGCUGCAGAUCGGUGCCACUGGGAAUGGGCGCUCGAGUUUCAACUUUUAAGGAGCGAGGUCCUCGCUGAAGGCUUGAUUUUUGAUCUAGAUCUCAAAGGUCAACAUCGGUCAUUCCAAAUCGUUGCAAUCCGUACUGUGAGCCCUGGCUCCGGUCGAACCAUUGCUCGGUUUACAAGCGCCACAAAGGUCUCCAUUGGGCUCGAAAACGAGGAAGUACGCGAAGCUCCGGCUGAUAUUACCGUUCAGUCUUACGGACUUGGCGGGCUUUCCCGCCAAAUUGCGGAAAUUAAUGAAUGCCUCUCGGAUCUGAAUAUCGAUUCGCAAAGCCUCAUUAUGCCUUCCUUUUAUGAGCACGGGCGUGGAAUUCUCCUUUAUGGUCCAAAGGGAACAGGAAAGACAGCGCUCCUAGAGCAAAUAGGAAAGGCAGGUUGGCGACAGGUCUUCAAAAUUGGCACAGCCUCUCUAGGACGAAGCGUGGGUGAAAGCGAGGCAAAAUUACGGAACAUCUUCCAAGAAGCAGCUCGAUCUAAACCAAGUGUAAUCAUACUCGACCAGUUGGACUUUAUCGCACCUAGGCGGACUUCCUUCGAGACCCCAUCACUGGCGACUGUUUUGUGUGAGAACCUAGACGCAAUCCGGAGUGCCUCUAUCUUGGUCGUUGGUGCGACACGGCAUCCCAAUAAUGUUGAUGAUGCACUUAGGACCCCCCAUCGCCUUGGAACGGAAAUUGAGAUACAGGUCCCGACAGCUCAAGAUCGGGCGGAGAUCCUGCGCGCUAUCUGUGGCCCUCUCACUGCCGGCUUAACCGACGAGUUGAUUGACCAUAUUGCUGAAAAGACGCACGGGUAUGUGGGAGCCGACCUAUUUGCCUUGCUGCAACUGGUCUGCAGGAAGGCACGCCAGCGGCAGUUACUUGAACGAAGUUCGGCGAACCACUCUGAAGUGCAGGCAAAACCUUGCUCGGAGGUAAAUGACCAGCCGACUCCUAUGCAGGUUGAUCUGGUCAUCCGGGACAGUGAUAUAUAUUCUUCCUUGCAGGAAGUUCGCCCAACGGCCAUGCGAGAGGUGUUCUUGGAAACCCCUAAGGUGAGGUGGUCUGACAUUGGCGGCCAGCACGAUAUCAAAAAACGGCUUCAACAAGCCGUUGAGAGGCCUCUUAAGCAUCCUCAGCGCAUGCAUCGUCUGAACGUGAAGAGUAAAAAGGGUGUUUUGCUGUAUGGACCCCCGGGAUGUUCGAAGACACUGACUGUGAAGGCUUUGGCAACGGAGGCUGGUCUCAAUUUUCUGGCCGUGAAGGGUGCAGAAAUCCUGAGUAUGUACGUUGGCGAAUCCGAGCGGUCGUUGCGAGAGAUCUUCCGGAAAGCUCGAGCUGCUCGACCCAGUAUCAUCUUCUUCGACGAGAUUGAUGCGAUUGCGGGUCGCCGAAGUAACAAUUCUCAGGGGGGGGUCAAUGUACUCACGACUCUACUCAACGAAAUGGAUGGAAUUGAGGAGUUGCGGAACGUCUUAGUGAUUGCCGCUACCAAUAAGCCGGAUGUUCUCGAUCCUGCUCUAAUGCGUCCUGGUCGCCUUGACAAUAUUCUCUACAUUGGACCCCCAGACUUCGAAGCGCGAAAGGAAAUAUUACGGAUCUGGGCAAGUAAAUCCGUCCUUCACAAGGAAGUGGACCUGGAGGUACUUGCGGCUCGGACAGAGGGCUACUCGGGAGCCGAAAUGGUUAGCAUAUGCGAAACCGCGGGAGAUGCUGCGUUAGACGAGGAGGAAGAGACCCAGCAGGAGCAAGAAGUAUGUUUGAGGCAUUUCGAAUAUGCAUUGGGCCAGGUUCGACGGCAGAUCACCGAUGCUGUCAUUCAAGAAUAUGCAGAAUGGCGCGACGCCCAGAAGUAG